AUGAACUCAGACAAUUCACGGGUUGAUUUAAUCCCACUUGGAAGCUACAAACGUAUGCUCGUAAAGCAUCCGAAAACUUACACUGAUCAUGAGCUUACCAAAACCGAUUUAUCUCGCCAGCACUGCAGCUCGUACCGUUGUAUCAUUAUCGUGAACGAAGGUAAGGUUGUCACGUUAUGUUUUGAUAGCAACGUUAUUUUGCAGCAUAACUUAGCUAGUUAUUCGACAUGGGCAAUGUUGGCUCGGGAUCAGCCACCAAACUCGCAAUAUCCGUAUUUGGAAAAAUUCAACCAUAGGAAUCUUUAUGGGGUUUACCCGUUCUACAUCGCCAUUGAAGCGGACCACAAAGCGCACGGUGUACUCAUAUUGAACAGCAAUCCACAGGAAAUAACAUUGGGUCCAUCACCUCAUCUGAUUUAUCGCACUAUUGGUGGAAUGCUCGAUAUGUAUUUCUUCCCAGGACCGUCGCCGAAAGAUGUCAUUCGACAAUAUCUCGCGCUCGUUGGAAAUCCUGCGCUACCAGCUUAUUGGGCACUUGGAUAUCAGGUUUGUUUCGUCGUUUCAUCGUAG